CGCACGGAGCCGGAGCCGGAGCCGGAGCCGCAGCCGGAGCCGCCCGGCCCGGGUCCUGCGCUGGGCCCCUUCUGAUGGGAGGAUGGUUCUGCUCAGGCAGUUCAGGCUGCUGCUCUGGAAGAACUACAUCCUGCAGAAGAGGCAGAUCCUGGUGACGCUGAUCGAGGUGUGCCUGCCGCUGCUCUUCGCCGCCAUCCUGAUCGCGCUGCGGCACCGCGUGCACUCCGUCAGCCACCCCAACGCCACCCUCUACCCCAGCCAGUCUGUGGAUGACCUGCCCAGCUUCUUCUCCUCCCAGCAUGCCAGCAACCCCUGGGAGCUGGCCUAUGUCCCCUCCAACAGCAGCGCCGUCCGGAGCAUCGCCGAGGCAGUGGAGAGAGCUCUGCCCAUCAACAUCAGAGCUCAGGGCUUCCCCUCGGAGCGGGACUUUGAGGAGUACGUCAGGCUGGACAACCGCUCGGGCAGCGUCCUGGCCGCCGUCGUGUUCCGGCACCGCUUCCCGCACAGCUCGGCCCCGCUGCCCCUCCAGGUGGAGUAUGAGCUGCGCUUCAAGUACAGCCCCAGGAAUGCCCCGCGGAGCGAGCAGACGGGGCUGAACCCCAACCUGGACCGGGACUGGCACACCAGUUACCUCUUCCCACUCUUCCAGCUGCCCGGGCCCCGCGAGGCCAAGUUUGCUGAUGGGGGCACACCAGGUUAUCUCCGGGAGGGAUUCCUGGCGGUGCAGCACGCGGUGGACAGGGCUAUCAUGCAGUACCACGCCGGUGCCAGCUCUGCCAGCCUGCUGGAGAACAUCACCGUGGUGGUGCAGCGCUUCCCCUUCCCAGCCUACGUCAAUGACCUCUUCCUCCUGGCCAUCCAGAACCAGCUGCCCCUGCUGCUCAUGCUCAGCUUCACCUACACCUCGCUCAACAUCGUCCGCGCCGUCGUCCACGAGAAGGAGAAGAAGCUGAAGGAGUACAUGCACAUGAUGGGCCUCAGCAACUGGUUGCACUGGAGUGCCUGGUUCCUCAUGUUCUUCCUCUUCCUCCUGGUGUCCGUGUUCUUCGUCACCGUGCUCUUCUGUGUCAAGGUGAGCGAACAGGGAGCAGUGCUCACCAACAGUGACCCCACCCUGGUGUUCACCUUCCUUGCCAUCUUCUCCAUCUCCUCCAUCUCCUUCAACUUCAUGGUGAGCACCUUCUUCUCACGAGCAAACGUUGCGGCCGCCGCUGGCGGCUUCCUCUACUUCUUCUCCUACAUCCCCUACUUCUUCAUCUCGCCCCGCUACGACCUGAUGUCCCACAGCCAGAAGCUGGCAUCCUGCCUCAUCUCCAACGUGGCCAUGGCCAUGGGGGCGCAGCUCAUCGGCAUGUUUGAAGGGAAAGGGACUGGCAUCCAGUGGAGGGACCUCAUGAAGCCUGUCAGCGUGGAUGACAACUUCACCUUGGCCCAGGUGCUGGGGAUGCUGCUCCUGGACUCGGUGCUGUAUGGUGUGGUGGCCUGGUACGUGGAGGCUGUGUUCCCUGGCGAGUACGGUGUGCCACAGCCCUGGUACUUCUUCCUCACGCCCUCGUACUGGUGUGGGCGGCCCAGGACUGUUGUGGGGAAAGAGAAAGAGGAGGAGGAGGACCCCGAGAAAGCCCUGAAGAGUCAGUACAUUGAGGAGGAACCAGCUGACCUCGUGUCAGGCAUCAAAAUAAAGCACCUGUCCAAGGUCUUCAAAGUGGGAAACAAGACAAAAGAGGCAGUGAAGGACUUGACAGUGAACAUGUACGAGGGGCAGAUCACUGUCCUGUUGGGACACAAUGGUGCUGGGAAGACCACCACUCUGUCCAUGCUCACAGGUCUGCACUCCCCGACGGGCGGGCAGGCCUACAUCAACGGCUACGAGAUCUCCCAGGACAUGGUCCUGAUCCGCCGCAGCCUGGGGCUGUGCCCCCAGCACGACGUCCUCUUCGACAACAUGACAGUGGAAGAGCACCUGCACUUCUAUGCAGGGCUGAAGGGAUACCCAGCCUCCAAGUGUCCUGAGGAGAUCAGCCACAUCCUGAGGAUCCUUGGCUUGGAGGACAAGCGCCGCUCCCUGAGCAAGGCUCUCUCCGGGGGCAUGAAGCGCAAGCUGUCCAUCGGCAUCGCCCUCAUCGGGGACUCCAAGGUGGUGAUGCUGGAUGAGCCAACGUCAGGGAUGGACCCAGCCUCCCGCAGAGCCACGUGGGAUCUUCUGCAGCAGCAGAGGAGCAACAGAACCAUCCUGCUGACCACUCACUUCAUGGACGAGGCAGACCUGCUGGGGGACCGCAUAGCCAUCAUGGCCAAGGGCGAGCUGCAGUGCUGCGGCUCCUCGCUCUUCCUCAAGCGCAAAUACGGGGCUGGAUAUCACAUGGUGAUGGUGAAGGAGCCCUACUGCAACCUGGGAGAGAUCUCCCGCCUCAUCUGCCAGUACGUGCCCAAUGCCACCAUGGAGAGCAACGCCGGGGCAGAGCUGUCCUUCAUCCUGCCCAAGGAGAGCACCCACAGGUUUGAGGCCCUGUUCACGGAGCUGGAGCAGAGGCGGGAGGAGCUGGGCAUCGCCAGCUACGGCGCCUCGGUCACCACCAUGGAGGAGGUGUUCCUCAGGGUUGGGAAGCUCGUGGACUCCAGCAUGGAUAUCCAGGCCAUCCAGCUGCCUGCUCUGCAGUACCAGCACGAGAGACGCUCCAACGACUGGGCAAUGGAUGACUCCAGCAGCCUGAGUGGCAUGACGGACAUGACAGAUGACAGCGGGGCGCUCAUUACUGAGGACUGCUCCAGCAUCAAGCUCAACACCGGGUUCUACCUGUGCUGCCAGCAGUUCUACGCCAUGUUCAUGAAGCGGGCCAUGUACAGCUGGCGCAACUGGAAGAUGGUGGCGGCGCAGUUCCUCGUGCCUCUGAUCUUCACUGCCUUUGCCCUCAUCGUGGCCAAGACCUUCCCGGGCCCACGGGACUCGUCCCAGCUGCGGCUGACGCUGGAGCCCUACGGCCAGACCAUCGUGCCUUUCUCGGUGUCGGGCGCUGCGGGGCUGCCGCAGAGGCUGGCGGAGCAGUACACGGAGCUGCUGGAUGCCCAGCAUCAGUCGCCACUGGAGGUGCUGGGUGGGCUGGAGGAGUACCUCAUCUCCCGAGCCUCCGAGGAAGGAGGAGCCUUCAACGAGCACUACAUUGCAGCCGCCUCCUUCGAGGCCGCGGGGAACCGCACGCUGGUCACGGCGCUCUUCAACAACCAGGCCUACCACUCCCCGGCCACCGCCCUCAUGCUGGCUGACAGCGCCAUCCUCAAGGUGCUGGCAGGCCCCAACGCCUCCAUCACCGUCACCAACUACCCCCAGCCCCGCAACAUCACCGAGAAGGCCAAGGACCAGCUCAUGGAAGGCCAGACUGGCUUUGCCAUUGCCAUCAACCUGCUGUAUGGGAUGGCCUCUCUCGCCAGCACCUUUGCGCUGCUGCUGGUCAGCGAACGCGCCAUCAAGGCCAAGCACGUCCAGUUCGUCAGUGGCGUGUACGUGGUCAACUUCUGGCUUUCUGCCCUGCUCUGGGACAUCAUCAACUUCCUCAUCCCUUGUGCUCUGAUGUUGGUGAUAUUCCAAGCCUUCAACGUGCAAGCCUUCACCCAAGACAGCCACCUUGUUGACGUGAUGUUGAUCUUCCUCCUUUAUGGCUGGGCCAUCAUCCCCCUCAUGUACCUCCUCAGCUUCUUCUUCUCGGUGGCAGCCACGGCCUACACCCGUCUGACCAUCUUCAACAUCCUCUCCGGCACCGCCACCUUCCUCGCCGUCACCAUCAUGAGCAUCCCAGAGCUGGGCUUGGUGGACCUCUCCAAAACCCUGGAUAAAGUUUUUCUCAUCUUACCCAAUUACUGCUUGGGCCAGUGCAUCAGUGACUUCUACCAGAACUAUGAGUUCAUUCAGUUCUGCACCUCCUCUGUUGAAGCCAUCUUCAUCUGCAAGGCCUUCAAUAUCAGUUAUCAGAUGAACUACUUUUCCUGGGAGACCCCUGGGAUUGGGCGGUACCUGACCUCCUUGGCCAUCCAGGGUUUCUCCUUCCUCUUCCUCCUCUUCCUCAUUGAGACAAACCUUCUCUGGAGGCUGAGAACUCUGGUCUGUGGCAUCUGCAGGCGGCGGAAAUGGGUGGCCCUGCUGAACAGGGUGUCUAUGCUGCCAGAGGACAGGGACGUGGCAGAUGAGAGGAAGAAGGUUUUGGAGUCACCACCAGAACUGCUGUCGUCUCUCAGCAGCCCUCUGGUCAUCAAGGAGCUGACCAAGGUCUACGACAGCCGGGAGUCUCUGCUGGCAGUGGACAGGAUCUCCUUGGCUGUCAGCAAAGGGGAAUGCUUUGGUCUCCUUGGCUUCAAUGGAGCGGGCAAAACCACCACCUUCAAGAUGCUGACAGGUGAUGAGAGCAUCACAUCGGGGGACGCCUUUGUGGAUGGCCACAGCAUUCUGGCCAACAUCAAGAAGGUGCAGCAGCGGAUCGGGUACUGCCCGCAGUUUGACGCCCUGCUGGAGCACAUGACGGGCCGCGAGACGCUGAGCAUGUACGCGCGGCUGCGUGGCAUCCCCGAGCGCUACAUCGGCAGCUGCGUGGAGAACAUGCUGCGGGGGCUGCUCCUGGAGCCGCACGCCGACAAGCUCAUCAGGACCUACAGCGGUGGGAACAAGCGGAAGCUGAGUGCUGGCAUUGCCCUCAUUGGUGGCCCCCCUGUGAUCUUCCUGGAUGAGCCCUCCACUGGCAUGGACCCCGUGGCCCGGCGCUUGCUCUGGGAUGCAGUGACACGGACACGGGAGUGUGGCAAAUCCAUCAUCUUCACCUCCCACAGCAUGGAGGAGUGCGAGGCACUGUGCACACGACUGGCCAUCAUGGUGAAUGGGCAGUUCAAGUGCCUGGGCAGCCCCCAGCACCUCAAAAGCAAGUUUGGUAGUGGAUACACCUUGCUGGCCAAAACCCGGAGCGAGGAGGAGGGUGAGCUGCAGGCCUUCAAGGCCUUCGUGGAGAAGACUUUCCCAGGCAGUGUCCUGAAGCAUGAGCACCAGGGCAUGGUGCAUUACCACUUGACCAACAAGAACCUCAGCUGGGCACAGGUCUUUGGGGCCCUGGAGAAAGCCAAAGAGAAGUAUCGCUUGGAGGACUACUCGGUGAGCCAGAUCUCCCUGGAGCAGGUCUUCAUGAGCUUCACUCGCUUCCAGCACUACACAGAGGACAGAGGGAAGUGAGCCCCUGGUCCCUGUCACGGACUGGCCCUCAGCCUAUACAUAGUAUAUAUAGAGACAGUAAUUUA